AUGUUCCACUGGAGAACCCAUUUUAGCUUCAACACUGACGGCACCACCAAGCACGUCAGGCUCCCGAUCCUGGAUCAUAACACUGAGGAGGCAGUGGCGGAAGAGAGGUAUCCCUCAGGCGAGAUCUCCCUGACUAAUGAUUUGGAGAAAGAUCUCUUCGCGAGGAGUCUCGUCAGCCUGCCUGCUAAUAUGAUUACAAAAGAUGCCACUCCUAGCCACACUCAUCUAGCGAAAAUAUCGUCCGCGCUUGUCACAACUAACGGCAAAGAUCAUGAUCUUCCGUCUGGCGUCGGUGCUUCAACACUACCUAAACAUGUCCACCUGCUGACCGUGGAUCGUAACUCUGAAGGAACGGUGGCGCAGCAGCUCAAUGACACUGCGCCUUUAUCUGAUGCUGCCGCUACUGAUAUACAAACUCAAGGUCAAUCUACAACCACAUUUUCCUAUGACCUUGAACAUAACAAGCCGCGUUUCUUCGGUGUAUCUAUGCCUAUGCCUACUCCAGCUCCUCUUGGAGAUGGUCUCUCCAUUGAUGAUCAUAAAGCUACAUAUUUUCGCAACUCUUCUGGGAAUGCUGACCUAUUACCACCAACAGCACUCACAAAGGAGAAUCCGAACGAGAACCUCUCAAAUGAUCUGUUCAGGGACCAUUCUAGACCAAAAGCCGAAUCGGUUUGGAGUGGCAUUGAGAGCUCCAGUGAUUCACGAGGCAGCGAACUCCCAAGGACGCUCAUUUAUAAAGCAAUGGACGAUCGCAUCUUCAAAGCAUCGUCACAUGUUAAAAAUUCGAGCGAAACCAUCAUCUCUUUCAGGCAAAAGAAAGUGGUCUUCAAGAAUGCGCUUACUCGUUUGUUCAUCCUCAAAGCAUCGCCUAUGCUUGAACGGCCUCCAGAAUUUGAACUACCCCAUGGCUGCGACGGCUUACAUUCAAAUGACCUUUUUGUCUGCGUUGACGCGUCCUACUUGUGCUUCGGCGAAAAUGGCAUCCCUAGUUCUUGCAUUGCAUCUUCGAAUAUUUCGUCGUUCAGCCUUUCGUCUUCUGGAACCUUAUCAUCCGGUACUGUGUCCUCCAGCAUUGUGUCCUCUACUCCAGAAUCCGGAAGUGCGUCCUCUUUGCAUUGGUCAAAUCCAAUGGCUUUACAACAUCUACGUAUGUGGGUUUGGACACAGGGCAUUCGAGGGUGGCAGCCAAUUGAAUAUGGUAGCCUCCGCUGCAUUUCAGGUUACACACUGGCCUUAGGAUUCUACCGCAAUACCUUUGAACCUCUAUGGGUUACACCCGAGUCUCUCCGUAGAAGGGAUACUCGGACUGUUACAUUGAAAUCGAAAAUCAGGACCCAGGCAAAGUUAAGGAGCAGGAACAGGACUAGGGCGAAGAAGAAAUCGAAGUCAAAGGAGGAGCUUUUGUAG